GUGGCUAGUGAGUUUAGCGUGCCCGUGGAUCUGCAGGGUAGAGCUGUUACUCCGCUGACGCGUCUUCCCCCACCUCACACCUCGCACGUCCCGACGCCAUGCCACCAUUCACCAUGCCCCUCGCCCCGCCCGGCUUCUACAACCCGCCGGGGACACAAAUGUUCAUCCCACUGCCUAGCAGCUCGCCCCCCUCCUCCGCACCAUCCAGCGCCGUCACUAGCCCACCGCACCCCACAUCCGCCCGCACCGGCAAAACGCUCCUCGUGACAACCGGCGCGACCGCGCCCUUCCCGACGCUAUUACACGCGUGCCUAUCGCCGUCAUUCCUUCGCUUCCUCGCUACACAGGGCAUCUCCGUUCUGCAGCUGCAAGCGGGGUCCUACCUAUCCGCGGCAACGUUCCAGUCGCUGCUCAGCGCCGCGCGAUCGCUACCCCCACCCCCGCCCCCGACCGUCCCCGUCACUAUCCACGCAUUCGACUUCGCCGACGAUCUCGCGGGAGAAUAUGUUUGCCACGCGGAUGUGGUGGUUUCGCAUGCGGGUGCCGGGAGUGUGCUUGAUGCGUUGAGAUACGAUAGGCCGCUUGUGGUCGUUGAGAAUAGGGAGCUCAUGGGAGGGCAUCAGAGGGAGCUGGUGGAGGAGCUGGGGGAUUAUUUGGUUGAGGGGAGGUUGGGACAGGGGGAGCUGGAGAGGGCGGUUGAAAAGGCGCUGCUGAGUAAGGAGAAGGGUGCGAGGGCGUUUCCCGGAAGUGGCAGUAGAACGCUGGUGGGCGUUUUGGAGGAGGAGCUGGGGGUUAUGAAAGAGGGUUGAGCGAUGUGGUAUUGUUCGACUACUUAUGUAGGGGAGCGGGUAUCGUCCCCCUCCCCACCCGUGUUCCGCCCAAAAGUCGACUCGGAUCUGUAGCAUUGUGCCCUGCAAGAAGUCGGUUUAUUGCCUGGUGCUUGAAGCCUGAAGGUGAUGGCUCAUCGUCUCUGGUAGUUUCUAAGGGUAACGGCGGCUGCUGGAACUAUUUACCUACAUACUCCAGAAGGGGGAGGGGAGGGCUGACAGGGCAGGGAGAUCAUUCCAUGAGUCCAUGACACAGUUCUUUGUCGGCAUCUUAUGUACGUAGUGCACUGCGUGCUCCAUCUAUGUACCUAGUAUCAGCGUUUCGAUUUCGACCGGGUGAUCAAACCAUCUACCUAGAGUACUAACUAUCCCUCUGUCCGGCGAAUACAUGGAAAUUGGCA